ACGAGAUAAUAUUUAGUUUAAGAGAAAUAUUAAUAAAGGUGUAGCCAUUUCUAAUUAGUUCCAAUAUAAAAUCCCAUGUAAAUAAAUACAAAAGUGAUCAUGGCAAAAACGAAACGUGAAUACGUUCUAGCAUCAUGUUUUUUGUCCGGCGCCGCCGCCAUUAUAUCGUUUGUAGCUUUAGGAACGCAAGAAUGGGUUACCUCGGACGUUGCAAAUGAUAUCGAUGGCAAUGUGAACCCGAAUGAGUACGUCAAAAUUGGUUUAUUCGGAGGUGUAUUUCAUCAAGAGACGGGAACAUAUGCUACAUUUGAAUUAUCAACGGUCUGUGCAUGGGACUUAAACAUAUGUGCCUUUUUGUGCGGGGAUGACGUAGAAGACAAUCUUAGAAUACUGUAUAAUAAUGAAAAAUUACCCUCUAACUAUGACACCAGUUGUGCCAAAAUAAGCGCUGCUGAUACGGAGGUGCGUCGAAUUACUCCUCGCGCAUCUGAAGACAACACAGAAAAAAUAUUCUUGAACACUGGCAUGUGGUUCUGUACCAUUUUAUUUUUGUUAAUAUCUGGCAUCAUGGGGGUGUUUUCUGCUGGUUUGGCUAUCUGGAACACAGCCACAAAUCCUCAUCAGGUCUACCUCAGUAUAUUCGGAUUAUAUAUUUACAAUGCCAUAGCAUUCUUCACCGUGCUAUUACCGAUUGCAUUAUGGGGUGCUGCCUUUGCACAAGACCUAAGGUACAAUAUACCCAGCUACAAAACGUUCGACCAAGGUUUUGUAACGAAAGAUCAUGCACAGUUAGGUUAUUCCUACUGGAUAAAUCUGGCUUCUUUGUUUUUGUACGCGGUCAGUAUAUGCCUUCUCUACGUCAGAAAUUAUUUAAUAUCAAAAGAGCCUAAAGUCAACCUGGAACUAGAAGAGAAUGCAGAUCCUGUAAUAUACCUCUACUAAAACAGAUAGAUUACAAACUUAUUAACAGCCAACAACACGUGUGUCGUAUUAUUUAUUAUAAAUGUGUACUUUUAAGACUCUUAGGAAGAUUUCAAUCAUCAGUGACAAUUUAUUGAUAAUUCAACCACAAAAAAAUGCGACAGUCACUAGAACCAUAUUAUUUUUCUUAUAAUUUAUUUAACUUUAACACUACACAGAAUUGUUACUGUAGUUUUUUUAACAAUAUAUUUUGUUAAUAAAUCAAGCGUUUUUUUGAGUAAAAACGAAAAACUAAACUUUUAUAGGCAAUGUGAGCUGUAAAGCUAACGCUUCAACAACAGUAACACUGUUUUUGUCACUUUUUCUAUGCUCAUUUGUGUCGCCGUUUUGUUUUUAAAUUAAAUAACAAACUUAACGGAAUUUAAUUUUAUUCCAUAUCGUUGCACACCACAACGCGUAAAAUAAGCCGUCAAGCGCAUUGCCAGUGUCCAGUGUAUUUUAUUUUAUAUAUAACGUACAUAUGUUAUAAAAAAUACGAGCGUUUUACACGAACAAAACGCGAUUAUAUCUAUAUAGUUAAAAAUUUUGACGAUUUUGAUUUUACUUUAUCUAAUCUUAAUUAACAGCUUUUUAGAACUUGUACGAUAAAACCUAGAUUGUCACUUAACCGUAUCAGUAAUAUGUCACCCAAAAAUGUUGAGUUAACUUGAUUGUGUAUCGUUUGACCCAUUUUACCCAAAUUUUAAUAUUAUUAAUAUUUUUUUUUUAGGUUGAGGGUUUUAUCAGAUAGCAGCUACCGAAUUGGCGCCCAAGGUUUGAAUUUGACAUCAGGUAUGCCAUCACAAAAUGGACUUUCUUCGCUUCUGAAGCACAAAAAAUCGUAAGUAAUAAAAAUACGUACGCUUAGACGUUGGUCGCCUGGCAGAUAAUUAUUUGCUACAACCUCCAUAACAAAUUAUUGCACAACUGUGUUGUUUAUUUGUUGUAACAAGUUUGACAUUUGGGGGAUUGGGGAUUUUGGUGGCUUGAAGGUGAUGGUCCUGCGUGAAGUAACUAGGCGCGCGAUUUUAAUUUUGAACUUAAAAAAAGCUUCAUCAGUAAUACGAGGUGCAUUUGGUGGUACGACGUAUAGCAGAAUAUCGCCAUUUAUUUUGUGGCACGGAAAUAAUAAUAUAUUGUACAUGCGCAUCUUUACCCCUACCAAAAAAUCGAUGACGUAGUCCCACACAUUAUUAAAUAAAUACAACUUACGGAAAAGUGACUCAUACAAAUUACAUUAAACUUUUUUAUAAUACCAGUAUUAGUCAUAAAUUUAUCUAUACUUUAUUGUAUCAGAAAAGAGCAGACGUCAACGAAAAGAUAUAGAAAAAACCCAAAACAAUAGCGUUAUUGGCUAAACCAUGCGCUGCUAGAUGAAAUAGUUUCAGGAUUCUUUCAUAUCCGGCCAUAAAUGCAACUGUUAUCUCUCGAUUGCGAGAAACGAGAUAAUAAUUAGUUAAGAGACAUAUUAAUAAAGGUGUAGCCAUUUCUAAUUAGUUGCAAUAUAAAAUCCCAUGUAAAUAAAUACAAAAGUGAUCAUGGCAAACACGAAACGUGAAUACGUUCUAGCAUCAUGUUUUUUGUCCGGCGCCGCCGCCAUUAUAUCGUUUGUGGCUUUAGGAACGCAAGAAUGGGUUACCUCAGACGUUGCAAAUAAUAUCGAUGGCAUUGUGCACCCGAAUGAGUACGUCAAAAUUGGUUUAUUCGGAGGUGUAUUUCAUCAAGAGACGGGAGUAUACGUUACAUUUGAAUUAUCAACGGUCUGUGCAUGGGACUUAAACAUAUGUGCCUUUUUGUGCGGGGAUGACGUAGAAGACAAUCUUAGAAAAUUGUAUAAUAAUGAAAAAUUACCCUAUAACUAUGACAGGAGUUGUGCCAAAAUAAGCGCUGCUGAUACGGAGGUGCGUCGAAUUAUUCCUCGCGCAUCUGCAGACAACACAGAAAAAAUAUUUUUGAACACUGGCAUGUGGUUCUGUACCACUUUAUUUUUGUUAAUAUCUGGCAUCAUGGGGGUGUUUUCUGCUGGUUUGGCAAUCUGGAACACAGCCACUAAUCCUGAUCAGGUCUACCUCGGGAUAUUGGGAUUAUAUAUUUCCAAUGCCGUAGCAUUCUUCACCGUGCUAUUACCGAUUAUACUAUGGGGUGUUGCCUUUGCACAAGACCUAAGGUACAAUAUACCCAGCUACAAAACGCUCGACCAAGAUUUUGUAACGAAAGAUCACGCACAGUUAGGUUAUUCCUACUGGAUAAAUCUGGCUUCUUUGUUUUUGUACGCGGUCAGUGUAUGCCUUCUCUAUGUCAGAAAUUGUUUAAAAUCAAAAGAGCCUAACUAAAGUCAACCUGGACCUAGAAGAGAAUGCAGAUCCUGUAAUAUACCUACUACUAUGUAUAUACUACUAAAACAGAUAGAUUAAAAACUUAUUAACAGCCAACAACA